AUGGCCAUGUAUGGAGCCUGCUUCCUGAGGGGUGAGGCCACAGACAUGUGUGGAGUCUGCUCCAUGAGUGGAGUCUGCUCCGUGAGGGCCCUGUCUGGAGCCCUCUGUGCCCACUCCCACUUGCUCCUGGCGCCUGUCCGGAGCCCGCUGUGCCCACUCACACUUGCUCCUGGAGCCCUGUCUGGAGCCCGCUGUGCCCACUCACACUUGCUCCUGGCGCCCUGUCUGGAGCCCACUGUGUCCACUCACCUUCUCAGCAUACCUCGGCAGAUAGACACGCAGCCUCAUAGUUCCAAGCUGAAAAUCCAGGUCGAGGUGCCGGCCGACUACCUGUGGUUGUGCAGCCUGACCCUGAAGAAGCUGGCUGUGCUCAGGGAGCUGGAGAAGGAGCUCAUGUCUGUGGUGAUAGCUGUCAAGAUGCAGGGUUCCAAAAGGAUCUUGCGCUCUCAUGAGAUUGUACUGCCCCCAAGUGGACAAGUGGAAACUGACCUUGCCCUCACCUUCUCUCUGCAGUAUCCACACUUCCUGAAGAGAGAAGGCAACAAACUCCAGAUCAUGCUACAACGCAGAAAGCGGUACAAAAACCGGACAAUCCUAGGCUACAAGACGCUGGCUAUGGGCUCCAUCAACAUGGCUGAGGUAAUGCAGCACCCCUCCGAGGGCGGCCAGGUGUUGAAUCUCUGCAGCAGCAUUAAGGAGGCCUCCGUCAAGGUGGCUGAGAUCUGGAUCGUCUCCUUGUCCAGCCAGCCCAUUGAUCACGAGGACAGCGCCAUGCAAGCUGGGCCCAAGACCAAGUCCACAGAUAACUACUCAGAGGAGGAGUAUGAGAGCUUUUCCUCGGAGCAGGAGGCCAGCGAUGAUGCUGUACAGGGGCAGGAUCUGGAUGAGGACGACUUUGAUGUGGGAAAGCCCAAGAAGCAGCGGCGAUCGAUAGUAAGAACGACGUCCAUGACCAGGCAACAGAACUUCAAGCAGAAGGUUGUGGCACUGCUACGGAGAUUUAAAGUGUCAGAAGAGCAAGCAGUCAAGAGGGCCAUGAGCCCUCUCAGAGCUCCACUUAAGGGAUUUCUUCUGUCAGUGGAUCUGGGCUCUAUGCCAUUGGCCAGCCCAUGUUCUAAAGUGAGGCCUGGGUACCUUGGGACUGUGAUUCUGAGUGAUCGCACAUGUGUGGCACCUGUGUCUUUAGCUCUCCUCACCCUCACAUCUAGGCCGUACUUCGAAGGCCUGUCUCAUUCCAGCUCACAAACGGAGAUCGGGAGCGUCCACAGUGUCCGGAGCCAUAGAGAGCCUCCAAGCCCCGCAGAUGCCCCUGAGAAGACACGGUCCCCGGGAGGCCAGCAGCCAAGUGACAGCAUCUCUGACACGGUGACUCCUGGUGUAUCAGACCCACGAGAACCAGCAGUGCCGCCCGAGGACAGCCCAGAGGCUGAGACCUCCACCCUGGAUGUGUUCACUGAGAGGCUGCCGCCCAGUGGGAGGAUCACCAAGACAGAGUCUCUGGUCAUCCCCUCUACCAGCAGGCCUGAGGUCAAGCCAGCUGGCCGCCGAGGCCGGAGCACAUCCCUGAAGGAGCGGCAGCCUGCCCGGCCACAGAACGAGCGAGCAAAUAGUCUGGACAACGAGCGCUGCCCAGACACACGGAGCCAGCUGCAGAUCCCCAGGAAGACGGUGUAUGACCAGCUGAACCAUGUCCUCAUCUCGGACGACCAGCUUCCAGAGAACAUCAUUCUGGUCAACACCUCUGACUGGCAGGGGCAGUUCCUCUCAGAUGUCCUCCAGAGGCACACGCUCCCCGUGGUGUGCACAUGCUCCCCCGCAGAUGUCCAGGCGGCCUUUAGCACCAUUGUCUCGCGCAUCCAGAGAUACUGCAACUGCAAUUCCCAGCCCCCCACUCCAGUGAAGAUCGCCGUGGCGGGAGCCCAGCACUACCUCAGCGCCAUCCUGCGGCUCUUCGUGGAGCAGCUGUCCCACAAGACGCCGGACUGGCUCGGCUACAUGCGCUUCCUCAUCAUCCCCCUGGGUUCCCACCCUGUGGCCAGGUACCUGGGCUCCGUGGACUACCGCUACAACAACUUCUUUCAGGACCUGGCCUGGAGAGACCUGUUUAACAAGCUGGAAACCCAGAGCACUGUACAGGACACGCCAGACAUCGUGUCACGCAUCACCCAGUACAUCGCGGGCGCCAACUGCGCCCACCAGCUGCCCAUCGCCGAGGCCAUGCUGACCUACAGGCAGAAGAGCCCUGAUGAAGAGUCGUCCCAGAGAUUCAUUCCCUUUGUUGGGGUUGUAAAGGUUGGAAUUGUGGAACCAUCGUCAGCCACAUCAGGUGACUCCGAUGACGCGGCCCCCUCGGGCUCCAGCGUGCUCUCCUCCACCCCACCGUCCACAUCCACAUCUCCCGCAGCCAAGGAGGCCUCGCCCACCCCCCCUUCUUCCCCAUCAGUGAGCGGAGGCCUGUCCUCCCCCAGCCAGGGUGUCGGCGCUGAGCUCAUGGGGCUACAGGUGGACUACUGGACAGCAACCCAACCCACAGACAGGAAGAGAGAUGCCGAGAAGAAGGACCUGCCCACCACCAAAAACACGCUCAAGUGCACUUUCCGGUCCCUCCAGGUCAGCAGGCUGCCCAGCAGCGGUGAGGCUGCGACCACCCCCACCAUGUCCAUGACUGUGGUCACCAAGGAGAAGAACAAGAAGGGGGGGCUGGUCAGAUGUGCUCAGAGAGCAGCAGCCCCUAAGCCUGGAGGGUCUGAGCGGCUUCUGGCCCCCAAGUGGAGAGCCUCUGGGCAGACAGAAAGGUGCUGUCUGUGGCCACAGCAAGAAGCUGCCACCCCUGUGAUGUUUUUGCCUAAGAAAACGAAGGACAGGGAUGUGGAGUCCAAAAGCCAGUGCAUCGAGGGCAUCAGCCGCCUGAUCUGCACAGCCAAGCACCAGCAGAACAUGCUGCGGGUCCUCAUCGAUGGCGUGGAAUGCAGCGAUGUCAAGUUCUUCCAGCUGGCUGCCCAGUGGUCCUCACAUGUGAAGCACUUCCCCAUCUGCAUCUUCGGACACUCCAAAGCCACCUUCUAGCUCCACCCAUGGAGGGGCCAGCACAGGACAGUGGAGGAAAUUGUCCUGCCCUUGGUGGCCAUUGUUGGAGGGGCAGCUGCAUUUCUGUUAACACUUGUUUACUACAGAGACAGACCCUUAAAACACAAAGAAACAGUCUUAAGUAUGAAUGUGCUCAGAGCCUGGAAACUGAGGGACAGGUAGCUCUCUGAUGGGUGCCUAGUAACUGCUCUGCUUAAUAACCUGAAAGUCUGGCUGAGUGAGAGGCUGGAGAGCUGAGGGAAGUGCAUCUGGUCUCAGGAGCCCCUAGAGCCUGCAAGAAGGAGGGUUCUUGCCUUUGAAUCCUGUCGUACCUGGAAGCAAGGAUGCUACUUCCUCGGGGAGCCCUUGGUAGGCACAGGCUGUGGAGCUUGGUGACCGGAGGCUGAAGACCAUGGACAUGUUCUGCCCCUUGUGUGGGAUGAUACCCCACUCCCACCCUGGCUCCGUCCAGCCUUACGGUGGAAGUUUUACAGUAGAUCUUUCUAAUGCUCUCAAAGACAUAUAACUACCGACGUAGCUGCCAAACAUGUUGCUCUCAUGAAGUCCCCUCGAGGCUGGGCUGAGCCAGUGGAACCCACCCCCACCCCCCGCCUUGCUCUCUGCUCUGGUUGCUAAGGCACUGCUAGUCUUCUGUUUAUCUUGCUGCCCCAGACUCAUCUGCACAGCCCUGUGUAGUCCCUGCAAAUGUCCUCGAGUCUGGACUGGAAAACAGGAAGUGAAAGCUGGGGUCUCCCUGAAGUCCCAUCUGCUGUGCCCUCCCACCCCCUACCCCGCCUGCUAGACAAGAGCACCCAGAACUGGCCACAUGGUGAACUGAGAUACAGAGAGCCAAAUAUGUAUAUGGUGCCUACAGCAACAAGAUGGCCAAUGAGAGCUAGAGCAGGCUGGCCUGAGUGCGGAAGCCAGGCAGGACACGGAGCCGAGACCCCUCCAGGCCAAGCCUCUGGGAGCAAGCCACACGCCUGCCCUGGGCUUCCUCCUGGGUAGCAGCCCUGCCUUCUGCCAGAAAGGGUAUGCUGAGCUGCAUCGAGACCCAUCCUUCUCCCAGCAAGGCCCACACCCUGGAGUCCCCACCUGGCUUCCAUUCCCUUGGUGGCAGUAACCCUCCCAGGGACUCCGGUGUACCCCACAGGGAAGUUCUGAGCCAGUGUCCUAAGAUCAAGAGCUGCACGAGGCUAUGCUCAGACUGCCAAAUGCAGGCCAAGCCAAGUCACAAAGGAGUCCCCGCUUUCUGAGGUGCGAGGUGGCCUGUUUUUCUUAACUGAGAUCUACCUGCAUUAAUGCCUGCUCCCCUCCUCCCAGGUAGAUGAAUAGAUAGGGCUUGUUUUUCCAGAGUGAGGACCCUGGGGCUGGGGCUGGAAUCUUGGGUUGGCUCUAGAUCCCUGGGUGGCCUGAACAGAAUGCCAGAUGAAGGACACUGCUGAACUGCACUGAGGAAUGGGGGACGGGGGUGGGGGCAGGGCUGAUCUGAUCCGAUCUGGCCGCUAUAAAACGUGGGCCUUGGUAAGAAGGAUCUGACAUGGCUCUCUAGAGUCAAGACAACAGGGAGCUAGCUCAGUUCCUGGCUACCAGCAGCCCCUUUCCUGGAGACUUCCCUCCUGCACACACAUCUCACUGGCCUUGUACACACAAGGGGAGGGCACGGGCAGAACCUCUGUCCAGCAGCUGGCCCUGGGCUUUGCCCGCACAGCCUAGCAAUUGAACAUCACGUAGCCACCGUCACAGCAUGCCCUGUGCCUGGGGGUGGUGCUGUCAAGACACCUGGGCUACAGUCACCCCUCUGUGCCUCAGUUUCCCCAUCAGUUUUUAAAGAGGGAUGGUCACGUUUCCCCUGCCUACCUCAUGGAGCUAUUUUGAGGAUUUGUGGAAAAGCACUUUGUCCCCCUAGAAGGACAACUGGAAGCCAAAGCCAUCUGAUGGCCAGUGUAGCAGCUGGGGACCGUGGGGAGUGCGUGAGGUGUGCGUGCCCUCGGGCCUCAGCCCUGAGGUCGCCCCUGUCCUAAAGGCUCAGCACUGCCCAGCCACGGGGCAGUGGGCCUCGCCGGCUCCUCUGGCCUGGCCUGCUGGCUCCGUGGUGUGGGCAGACUCCAGCGCACGGUGCCGCGGACACGCGCCUUCCCUCGGGCGCCGUCCCCACUGGGCGGGCCAGCCGCACCUCCCUGCAGGGGUCACCCCUUCCACUGUCGUCCACCCUGGAAGACCCGACCGCCUCCAGCCUCCGUCCUCCGUCCUCCCGAGAACGUCCGCCGCUUCCUCCCGGAGCCGGCCCGCGCCG